AUGCUGAGCAAAUUUCUGGGGUGGAUUCCUUUCCUCUUCGAGCCCCUCGCCGACUUCGUCCCUCUUGUGCAGCCACAAGAGCGUCUGCGGGCGCAGUCUGAGCAGAGACCAUGGCAACAGAUCAUCACAGGUGUCUAUGGUCGCCCGCCUCUCUUGAAGAUCCAUGACCGUGAUGGAGUUGUGAAUUGGAGCUUUCACCGUGACGAUGUCACACAACAGCUGCCCGAAGAUGUCCACAAGUGCCUAUACGCCCACGCCAACGACGCUACCGAGCUGAAAUAUAUGAAUAAUGGAACUAGUGUCGGUGCGGUUUACAGCGAUCUUGCUCUCGUGAUCAACCAUACGCCCAAAAAUCCCGCCACCGAUAAGCUUAUAACGUUUGCGCUUUGCAGACGAAACGAAGUCCUGUGGAAUGCACACACCCUCGAGCCUCUCCCGGGUAAUCUAUUGGCAGUUGGGACUACCGGUCAACGAGCCUGGGAUGGCAUUCUGGUCUACAAUGCAAGCGCAGCCAACGAUCUCGUUGCGAAUCCCCCAAUCCUCCAGAACAUCACCGGCUUGCGAGCGAUACAUGGCUUAAUCUGGGACGAGCAAGGACAAAUGCUGUGGGCAGCUGGGACGGACGCCGCAGCAGACGGCAGCGAUCCAGUGCCGGCUUAUGGAACUAUCGUUGGAUAUCCUUGGAACGCUACAACGGGAUUACUAUCCAAGGAUGAGCAACUGGUCUACAAAUUACCCGAGGCGUUUACAAUUGAGUCUGAAUGGGGCAAAGGCUACCCCUGGUGGGCUGGAUUACAUGACCUCGUACCCAUUCCUGGCCAGCGAAAGUUUCUUGUGUCAGAAGACCGCGGUCUGCACGCAUUCGAUAUUGAAACUGGUCAAUUCACGGAGCACUACGAAAACGUCACCAAGAAAUACCUACAAGGGUUUGAGGUAACGACCGAUGAUCGUCAUGGGUAUGCCGGUGACGGGCAUUGGGAGGAGCUUCCGCAGUCAGACCUGAAGAGCUUCAAUAUUGCGCCCGAUGGCAGCUUCAUAUACGUGCAGUCUCUAUGGACAAAGUUCCGUGGGUUUCAUACGAGUCUUGUUGAAAAAGGGAAAAGACGGAAGAUCAAUAUCGGUGAUGAGAUAUAUAGAUCACGAUGGUUUGGGAAUUUGGACGGCUGGCCAAAGCCUUGA